AUGGCGCCUUACUAUGAUGGCCUACUCGCAUUUCUCUUUCGGCAGCUGUUCUACAGAAUUCCUGAAGUUGCACCUCUCAAUCUCCAUGGAAAAGCCGUUCUCUUGACAGGGGCAAACUCCGGGAUUGGUCUUUCUCUAGCAAUGAUGCUUGCAUCACAGGGUGCUGAAGUGAUCACCGCCGUCCGAUCCAUAACCAAGGGCGAAGCUGCUCGACAGCAGAUUCUUCGAGCUCUUCCAACGGCCAAUAUUGAGGUUCGACAGUGUGACCUAGCGUCGUUCGACUCAGUCAGAAGCUUUGUAAGGCAGCUGAAAGAUGAAUCCAAGACCUUCGAUCUGCUCAUUCUUAAUGCCGGCGUUUGGUGUUCACAAUGGAUGGCGUCAGCGGAUGGGUAUGACAUUUCUCUCCAAGUGAAUGUGCUCUCGAACGCACUUAUGGCUAUGUCGCUUCUUCCGUUCCUCCGUUAUAAGAACGGCCCACCGCGCAUAGUCUUCGUGACAUCCGAGAGUCACGCUAUGGUCCCAACGCCCUUUGCCCAACACGGCAGGAUGUUGGACUUUUUCAACCAGAAAGCCCAAGCAUUCGAUCAUUACACCCACUACUACACGUCCAAACUGUUCGAGCUUCUCUUGGCCCAGGCUAUGUCUCGGCGUAUUGACCCGGGAAAGCUCUCAAUCGCUUUGGUUUCUCCGGGACUCUGCAAGAGUGAAUUGUUCCGCAAUGUAAGUGUUUCCACAUUUGCCUCCAGCUCAGAAGGCGUUUUAUGCCAAGAAAGACUCUGGGAGGAGAUAAUGAGCAUCCUGGACAGUGUAGACUCUGAUCUGGAGUCUCACUUGCACCUGGUCAGUUGA